AUGCAGGACUCGCACUGUGCAUUCAACAAACUUCAUCCCAGGUCAUUUGCAGUGGAUACGGGUGACUCCCAAGGCAAAUACACGUCUGAUCAUCUCCUGAUAUUAUACUCACGCGAGUGCCAGAGACGACGUCAUGACGGGCGUCAAAUAGGACCAUUGUUCGCUCUCUCGCACGCCGUCGAAGCGCCGCUAUCACAACGCAGGGACAACGAGCUGACCCAUCUUCAUCUGGCCUCCCUCGAGACGGUCACAAUACUACACAAUGAUUGUGGGUACGUCAUCACACUGGUCAGCAUGGGCAUUAACUUCGGAAAAGACUGA